AUGAUUGCACCCACAUUAUCUUCGACUGCUAACGAUCCGUCGUCAGUGGGACGACCGUUUCAGUGUGCCGAUUGCUCGGCCGACGACCCACAGUGGGCAUCGCUCAAUAAGGGCGUACUCAUAUGCUCAGAAUGUUGCUACGUACAUCGAAAUCUUGGUCGGCAUGUAAGUCAAGUACGAUCACUCAAAAAAGGUAUAUGGGAUAGUAAUCAAUUGGAAUUGAUGUAUGUCUUGUAUUCAAACGGUUCUAAUAACAUAUGGGAACACUCGCUACUGGAUCCGCAAAAUACGAACAAAAUUAAGCGGAAGCCAACACCGCGUGAUCCAGUUUUACCAACGAAAGAGAAUUUCAUAAAAGCUAAGUACGCUCAAAUGGCGUUCGCACUACGACCAUCGAAAGAUGAUAGUGUUAUAACGCAGGAUGAUUUGAAUCGGCAAUUAUGGUCUUGCGUUCGCACCGCGCAUGUUGAGACCACGUUGAGGUUGUUAGUGUUGGGUGCAGAUCCGAAUUAUAUUGAUCGAGACAAAGGUAAUUCGCCGUUGCAUGUGGCUGCCAAGGAAGGACAGUCUCUUCAGGUCGAGUUAUUGUGGAUCUAUGGUGCUGACGCUGGCAGAAGCAACGCGGUUGAUUUAACACCAUCGCAAGUGGCAAAGCUCGAGAAUCAUAAUGAACUAUGCGCGCGAUUGGAAGAGUUGCAAUUCGAAGUAACAAAUCGUCUAACGAUGUAUUUGUGUGGACGACGUCCGGAUCACUCGAAAAAGCAAUACUUUUUGAUACCUGAACUGAUUGGUCAAGCUAGUCAAGAAUCACCGAUGCUAAAAACAGUUCGGAAGCAACUCCGAACUGCUCCAGCAUCUUUCUUCGAACGUAUCACGCAAGAUGUCUACGAUGAAGUGGAUAGACGUGAGACGAUGGCUGCAUGGAAUGCCACCAUGCAAGGUUUACAACCGAUUCAUCUCGGGAAUGAUCAGUGUGUCGCUGUUUUUUUACCACCGAAUCACGAGAUGUCUGCGAUUCGUAAUCAGCUCCGACAAAAGCUUGCAAAAUGUGGUCCUCGAGAAUUUGCUAUGCUUAUAAUUGAUGUGUUGAAUGAAGCAAAACGAAGGUUUGUGGGUCGUAUCUGUUUAGUUAUUGGAUUGAAUCGAGUGACUUCUUUAUUGUUUUACAGACGUUUGUCUGAUCGAAAGAGUGCUGAAAGCGGUAAUCUCCUACAGGGGACUUCAACCGUUUCAGUGGAUGAUUUUUUGGAGUUGAAAGAAAAGGUGCUCGACUCUGAAACGAAACUCAGCACUUUCCAACAAUCCAAUACAAAUAUUUUGAGGUCAGACAUUCGUUUUGAGAUGCGAAAGCUGCAAGAUGCACAUACUCUGAUACUGACAAGACGUCAACCAUCUCCAGUAUCCAACGCGCUAGCAACUUCUCCAGCCGGUGUUCCAUCUGCCAACCAGAAUAUUCCUUUCUCUACUGCAGUAUCUGGAUCACGAUCGGAUUCUGGUGGUGGGAUUACUUAUCAGUCGACUUCCACAUCCGGUAGACCAGCACUUGAAGCGCUUCAUAUCGAUAGUGGUGUUACUGAUGGGUACGCGCUGGCUGGUCCAGGUCCACGAAGCGGACGUCGUCACGGAAGUCUAACGUCACCUUCCACUGGUUAUGCUUCUCAUACGCGUGGUGUAUCACUGUCGGCUAUCGGUGGUUUAGCACCGUCCUCAUCGGCACCUUCAUCUCAUCCCGCAGUACAACAUCGCAAUGGAAGUGCUCCGUCUAUUGAUUGUACAAGCCCAUCAACUCAUACAGCUGAUGUGGUACGAGAUUGGGCACUAAACGUAACACCAGACAUAAACAAUCGUCUUGCAACAACUGUAAUACCCGUCCAACAAGUGCAUCCUAUACAGCAAACAACAGUUGUGCAACAAUUUCAUACAAGGUUUCCUGAGAGUCUGAUCUGUGAAACAGAACUUCUGACGCGUGCAAUUAAAUCACUGCUCAGUGAUGCUCAAUGUGGACAGUUGAUGAAUCGAGCACCAGAUCAUGCACAUUCAAUAGCGCUGUCGAUCAAUCGAAUCUGGAACGCAGUACCCGACGAACGUCGUACACCACAAAUAGAUGCGUGUUUACGAGCCAUGUCUGAAGCGACUGUUAUUCUGUCGGCCAAAUGUAAUGCUCCAAUGUUGAGUGUGGACGAGACGUGCAGUGCUGCGUAUGCAGUGGCCAAGUCUGCGAAGCAAUUGCUCGUCAAUGUUCAUCGUUCGUCAUGA